UAAUUUUUUAAAGUGCACCAUGUAUAAAAGACCUUGAAAUCAUAAUGGAAUACAAAGAAACCUGUCUAAAGCUUAAAAUUGCAAAGCAACUAAAAAGCAACUAUGGGUUUAUGGCUAUCAAAGUUAGCAUCAGCUUUAAAUGAUUUUGGUAAUAGAAGAGCUCGCAUUCUUUUACUUGGUUUAGAUGCAGCUGGAAAAACAACAAUACUUUAUAAGUUAAAGCUCAACGAAAACGUCACAACCAUUCCUACAAUCGGGUUUAAUGUGGAAGAGGUGACUCCAGUAAAAAACGUUACUUUUACCAUGUGGGAUGUUGGAGGUCAGGAAAAAAUUCGACCUUUAUGGAGACACUAUUAUCAAGGUGCCGAAGGACUAGUUUUUGUUGUUGAUGCUUGUGACGUUUUAAGAAUUCAAGAAGCGCGUGAAGAGUUUUUUUCUGUUUUAAAAGAUGAAGGCAUUGAAAAAGGAAUUCCUGCUGUGAUUCUUGCAAACAAACAAGAUCUCCCAAAUGCAUUAAAAUCGUGGGAACUAGUUGAUAAAAUGCGGUUAAAAGAAUUAAGCGGUAAUCCUUGGCACGUUCAAGAAAUGUGCGCUUUAACAGGGGAUGGUUUAUAUGAAGGUAUUCAAAGACUUGCAGAUAUGGUAAAAACAUAUCAAAGAGAAAACAAAGUUAGAUGGUAACAGCAUGAAACUAAAGUAAAAAAUGUAUAAUCAUCAACAAUAUUAUUCCUAUCACGAUGAUAAUAAAUAAAGUACUAUUUUAUCAGUGAAUAUUUUUUUAAAUUUUUAGCUUGUAAACUAUUUAACUUACUUGAAAAUAUCUUUAUAAAAUCCGAA